GCUCCUUUCUCUCUCACGAUAAACUCAAUGGGGUUGUCUAUUUUUAACCUCCUGUUCUUUCCUUUUGGCAGAGUAAUCAGUGUGAGCUGAGCUCUUUCCCUGAAUGAAUCCAAGUAACCCUGGUGGUUGCCUUCUGAAAUGACCAGCAGACACACAACUGUCCAGAGGCUGCCCAAAGUAUAAACUCUGGUUCUAAAGUACCAUGUCCAGCCAAGGAAGUCCUAGUGUGGCGCUUUCUACGACGACAGUCAGUUCAGUUGCUGUGCAGGCUGGGGACUCCAAAAUCGUUAUAGCUGUCAUAAAGUGUGGCAAAUGGGUACAACUUCAACUGGCUGAAUCACAGCCCAAUCUUCUAGAAAUUGGCAGCAGUCAAGAUGAAACCAAAAAACUUCUUCAUGAUCAUGAACUUCUUUUGGCCAAGCUCAAGGCUUUGGAAGAUCGGGUAUGGGAACUCUUGCAGGAAGCAGACAAGACAGCUGAAGAGAACAAGGAUCAGAGUCAGGUCUAUGAUGCCAUGGCCGAGACUCUGGGUGAAGCAUGGGCAGCUCUGGUGUCCAUGCUUGAAAGAAGAACGGAGCUCCUUAGGUUGACAUCUGAAUUUUUUGAAAAUGCCUUAGAGUUUGCUAUUAAAAUAGACCAAGCUGAAGAUUUCCUCCAGAAUACUCACGAGUUUGAGAGUGCUGAGUCCUUAAAAUCACUUCUUCAGCUUCAUGAACAUCAUACUAAAGAACUCUUGGAACGGUCUUUAGCCCUUUUAAACAAAAGUCAACAACUCACUGACUUCAUAGAAAAAUUCAAGUGUGAAGGACCUAAUGUGAAUCCUGAGUUGAUUCAGGGAGCUCAUAGCAGCUGUCUGAAGAUUGACAGCCUUCUUGAACUUCUACAAGACAGGAGAAGACAACUAGACAAGUACUUGAAGCAACAGUGGCAAGAAUUGAGUCAGGUUCUGCAGAUAUGUCAGUGGGACCAACAAGAAAACCAGGUUACUUGCUGGUUUCAGAAAACUAUAAGAGACUUACAGGAACAAAGUCUAGGUUCAUCACUUUCAGACAAUGAGGAUCUAAUUCGUAAGCACGAGGAACUGAUAAUAAAAGCAAAGGAAUGGAAUUCUGCUGUUGAGAAGCUGAAGAGUGAGGCACUGAGAAUUCUGCUGUCAAAGGACUACGUGGAGAAAGAACACCUCCAGCUCUCUCACCAGAAACUGAGUCAGCUUCAAGAAGAAUUUGGUCAACUCAUGGUGGAAAGGAAUACCUGGUUAAAGAAGGCAAAUGAAUUUUUUAACAGUGCUAACAAGGCAUUUGAUGUACUUGGAAGAGUUGAAGCUUACCUUAAGCUCCUUAAAUCAGAGGGUUUAAGUCUGGCUGUUUUGGCAGCGAGGCAUGAGGAAUUACACAGAAAAAUUAAAGACUGCACAGCUGAUGCUUUGCAAAAGGGACAGACCUUAAUCAGCCAAGUAGACUCCUGCAGCUCUCAGGUGUCCGGCAUCCAUGAGAUGAUGGGGUGCAUUAAGGGACGAGUGGAUCAUCUGACCGAACAGUGUUCAGCGCACAAGGAAUAUGCUCUUAAGAAACAACAACUAACAGCCUCAGUGGAGGGUUACCUACGGAAGGUGGAAAUGUCAAUUCAGAAAAUCAGUCCAGUACUUUCUAAUGCAGUGGAUGUCGGUUCUACCCUUUCUGAAUCAGAGAAGAUUUUGAAUAAAUAUCUGGAACUAGAUAUGCAAGCUAAGGAGACAUCACAUGAAUUAGAAGCAGCUGCAAAAACCAUGAUGGAGAAAAAUGAAUUUGUAUCCGAUGAAAUGGUAUCACUUUCCUCUAAAGCUAGAUGGCUAGCAGAAGAAUUAAACCUAUUUGGCCAAAGCAUUGACUACAGAUCACAAGUCCUGCAAACUUACGUGGCAUUUCUGAAGUCAUCAGAGGAGGUAGAGAUGCAGUUUCAGAGCUUGAAAGAAUUUUACGAAACCGAAAUCCCUCAGAAGGAGCAGGAUGAUGGUAAAGCCAAGCAUUGUUCUGACUCGACUGAGAAGCAGUGGCAGCUAUUUUUAAAGAAGAGUUUUGUAACACAAGAUCUAGGGCUUGAGUUCCUUAAUUUAAUAAAUAUGGCAAAAGAGAACGAGAUAUUAAAUGUGAAAAAUGAAGUGUACCUCAUGAAGAACACCAUGGAAAGCCAGAAAGCAGAACGGGAAGAACUUAGCCUCCUUCGGCUGGCAUGGCAGCUUAAAGCCACGGAAAGCAAGCCUGGAAAACAGCAGUGGGCGGCAUUCAAAGAGCAACUUAAAAAGACUUCUCACAACUUAAAACUUCUUCAGGAAGCACUUAUGCCUGUGUCUGCACUUGACCUUGGAGGGAGCCUCCAGUUCAUUUUAGAUCUACGACAAAAAUGGAAUGACAUGAAGCCUCAGUUCCAGCAAUUGAAUGAUGAGGUUCAGUACAUUAUGAAAGAAUCAGAGGAGUUAACUGGCAAAGGAGCCCCUGUAAAAGAAAAGUCUCAACAACUGAAGGACCUUAUUCACUUCCAUCAAAAACAGAAAGAGAGAAUCCAGGAUUACGAGGAUAUCCUGUACAAGGUGGUCCAGUUCCAUCAAGUCAAGGAAGAGCUGGGACAUCUCAUCAAAUCAAGAGUGCCGGAAUUUAUAGAGCAGCCGAAGGAACUGGGUGAUGCCCAUGAUGUGCAGAUUCACCUCCGGUGCUCUCAGGAAAAGAAAGCCCGUGUAGACCAUCUCCACAGACUGGCCCUUUCCUUAGGAGUGGACAUCAUCUCAUCAGUGCAGCGGCCUCACUGCUCUAAUGUUUCUGCAAAGAACCUACAGCAGCAGCUGGAGCUCCUUGAGGAGGACAGCAUGAAGUGGCGUGCCAAAGCUGAGGAGUAUGAACGGACCCUGUCCCGUAGUGUGGAGUACUGCGCCAUGAGAGAUGAGAUAAAUGAGCUCAAAGACUCAUUCAAAGAUAUCAAAAAGAAAUUCAAUAAUUUGAAGUUUAAUUACACUAAGAAAAAUGAAAAAUCUCGGAAUCUGAAGGUCCUUAAAUAUCAAAUUCAGCAAGUUGAUAUGUAUGCUGAAAAAAUGCAGGCUUUGAAAAGGAAAAUGGAAAAAGUUAGUAAUAAAACCUCUGAUUCUUUCUUAAAUUAUCCAAGUGAUAAAGUUAAUGUCCUUUUGGAAGUCAUGAAGGAUUUGGAAAAACAUGUGGAUGACUUUGACAAAGUUGUGACAGAUUACAAGAAGAAUUUGGACCUGACUGAGCAUUUCCAGGAGGUGAUAGAAGAGUGUCACUUUUGGUACGAAGAUGCAAGUGCCACAGUUGUAAGAGUUGGCAAAUAUUCCACAGAGUGCAAGACAAAGGAAGCUGUGAAAAUUCUCCACCAGCAGUUCAAUAAGUUUAUUGCACCCUCAGUGCCGCAGCAAGAAGAAAGGAUUCAGGAGGCCACUGACCUUGCUCAGCGCUUAUAUGGUUUGGAAGAAGGACAGAAAUAUAUUGAGAAAAUAGUGACAAAACACAAAGAGGUUCUUGAAUCUGUGACUGAAUUAUGUGAGUCCCUCACAGAGCUUGAAGAAAAACUGGAGCAGGGAGACGUUUUAAAGAUGAAUCCGAAUUUGGAAGACUUCCAUGAUGAUUACAUUGACUUGCUAAAGGAACCAGAAAAAAAUAAGCAGACAAUAUUCAAUGAAGAAAGGAAUAAGGGGCAGGCGCAGGUGGCAGAUCUUUUAGGCAUCAAUGGAACAGGGGAAGAGCGGCUACCGCAAGAUCUGAAGUUGUCCACUGACAAGGAGGGUGGCGUCCAGGGCCUGCUCCUGCCUGAAGACAUGCUCUCAGGGGAAGAAUAUGAGUGUGUCUCACCUGAUGACAUCUCCUUGCCUCCUCUCCCAGGAAGCCCUGAGUCCCCCCUUGCACCAUCUGACAUGGAGGUGGAAGAUCCUGUCAGCUCCUCCCUCAGCCUUCACAUAAGCAGCUAUGGGGUGCAGGCUGGGACCAGCAGCCCAGGGGAUGCCCAGGAAUCUGUUCUUCCACCACCUGUUGCAUUUGCGGAUGCAUGCAAUGAUAAGAGAGAAACAUUUUCAAGUCAUUUUGAGAGGCCUUACCUCCAAUUCAAAGCUGAGCCCCCACUAACCUCCGGAGGAUUCGUGGAAAAGAGUACUGCCUUACACAGAAUCAGUGCUGAACAUCCAGAGAGCAUGAUGAGUGAAGUGCAUGAGAGAGCUUUACAGCAGCACCCUCAGGCUAAGGGCGGUUUGCUAGAAACACAGGAGAAAAUGCAUGCUGAUAAUAACUUCACUAAAACCCAAGAUAGGCUGCAUGCUUCCCCUGAUGCAUUUUCCGGCCUCAGGUUUCAAUCAGGUACCAGCAGGGGCUAUCAGAGGCAAAUGGUUCCUCGAGAAGAGAUUAAAAGCAUGUCAGCAAAGAGCAGCAUGGUCAGCCUAGCUGACCAGGCACCUAAUUUCUCCAGGCUCCUGUCUAAUGUAACUGUCAUGGAAGGUUCUCCAGUGACUUUGGAAGUUGAAGUAACAGGAUUUCCAGAGCCUACACUGACAUGGUACAAGAAGGGCCAGAAACUGUCUGCAGAUGGGCACUUACAGGUUUUGCACAAGGAGACAAGGCAUUCGGUGUUCAUUCCAAAGGUAUGCAAGGCAGAUGCAGGCCUCUAUGUGGCUCGGGCCCAAAACUCUAGCGGCGCUCUCUCUUCCAAUGUCAUCCUCCACGUGACAGGUAACUGCAGGCCGCCAAUCACAAGAAUAAACUGGAUAACCCUGUGUGUCGUCUAUGUUAGUGUGUCCCUAAUGUACUGGCUACUCACACAAUAACUGUGGUGUUGGCACCAAUGGACAUCAUUCUCAUGUGCCUAAAGAACAAUGCCGCUGUUUAUCUUCCUGCACCUCCUGCAAAGCAUCUCCCACCAAGUGUAUCUCCAGUCUCAUCACCAUACUUGUUUGGCUAAUACCACUGCUAGGUGAAAUAAUCAAAUUUUCUUGAGUGUUUAAUAUAUUUGAGAAGCUUGGUAAAUUAUCUAUAGUGGAUGAGAACGUGUUUCUGUACUCUAGAAAGAGAUAUUUUCAACAUAAUAUGCAGCAAAAUUAUUCUAUGCCUAUUCCCUCCUAAUUUAAGGGUGUGCAGAUGAAGGCUGACAUCGGCAUACAGAUGUGCUAAAUUUCAAAUACAGUUGUUCGAUAAUUUAUUUUUAAUUGUAUUUUAAAACAUCCCUUUGUAGGGAAUACCAGUAGAAUAUUGAAUUGAUGUUGUAUUUUUGCAUUACCUGUCCUUUAAUUUUGCUUUCCAUGUCUUGAUCUUGUUACUGAAAUGCAUUCUGUGUAAUUUCAACAUAGACUACAUUCCUGAGUCUGAUGAUGUCACUGUAAAUAAUCAUUCCUCAUGUUGCUCUCACGGGUUUGACAUUGGAGGAUAGACGUGCCAUCAACUUUAAAUAGAGUUUCCAUCUUUUGUCAGCUCUGCAUGUCAUACAGCAAGAUGGAACACAGGUUGCAAGAAAGAACCAACAUUAUUCCUGACAUUAUAUUAAUGUGUUUUGAGCAGCAGUGUGUAACCAGGUGUUUCUGCUUCUAAUCUUGAUUCUGCUGAUGACCAUUUUUAUACUCUAUGGCAAAGCAUCUCAUUGCCUCAGUUUCCGGUCUGGAAAAUGAGUUCGUUAUCUACCUCUUGGGCAAUUGAGAGUUUUCAUUUUGUGUCUUUUAAACAUCUGGAAAAUGGAAAACACUCUAUGAGGGCUAAGGAUAAUGAUGUUGUUUAAUGUAAUUUGUCAUCAGACCAGCCUCCUGCUCACUAUGUCUUUUUUGUAGAUGCUGUUUUUUAGAAUAUUAAAUUAAAGGAGUGCUGUUAAUAUGUAAUUUUCAACUAGUUCCAUGGGGGAAAGUGAUGUUUUAUGAAUUAGAGCUGAAAUUCCU